GAGUUAGGACUUCAAGUUCAACACAGACUUGAAACAACUCCUGAACCUAGAGGAAUCCGGCAGACGGACUCCUUACUAGGUGAACCAUCAGGAGUCAUAGGAAGAGAUGGUGAUGUUCAAAAAAUGGUCAAAUUAUUGAUUGACUCCAGUAAUCAGCAGCCUCUCUGUGUAGUUUCUAUAGUGGGUAUUGCAGGCCUUGGGAAAACUACUUUGGCAAAACUAGUGCGCAACAAUGACCAAAUACAGGGACAUUUUUCCAAUAUUAUGUGGAUAUGUGUUUCUGAUAAUUUUGAUGUGAUGAGGAUUUUAGUACAGAUGCUAGAGUCUCUUAGCAAAGGUCAUUGUGAGAAUAUUACAAGCCGGGAUGUUAUAGUUCAAAAAAUAAAAGAAAAGUUGGAGGAGAAAAAUUAUCUCCUUAUUCUAGAUGAUGUGUGGAAUGAAGAGAGGCCGAAGUGGGAAGACUUAAGGCAAUGUUUGUCAGGGAUAAGUAAAAAGAAUGGGAGUAGGGUCCUCGUCACAACCCGAAUUCAAAAUGUAGCAUCAGUGAUGGGAGUACUUCCUGAGCAUGUGCAUUGUCCCAACCAGCUAAAAGAUGAUGACUGUUGGUCUGUAAUCAGGCAUAGAGUAUUUGGCAACUCUUCUAUUCCUUCAGAAUUGGAGGAAUUGGAGACUAUUGGGAGGGAAAAUGCCAAAAAAUGUAAAGGUGUACCUUUAGUUGCAAGUGUUAUAGGAGGGAUUUUGUGCAAUAAUCGCAACAAAGAUGCCUGGUGUGAAGUAUGGGGUUCAAUAAAAGAGGCUGAUGGAGUUUUGCCUGUACUGCAAUUGAGUUUCAGUCGCCUGCCAAAACCAGCUUUGAAACAAUGUUUCGCCUUCUGUUCAAUUUUCCCCAAAGAUUUUGUCAUGGAAAAGGAGAUGUUAAUUCAGCUUUGGAUGGCUCAUGGAUUUCUUCAACCGUCCGGUGGCAAGGAGAUGGAGGAUAUUGGUGACGACUAUUUCAAUGACUUGUUAUCUUCCUCCUUAUUUCAAGAUGCAAAAACAGAUUCUUACAGGAGUGUUAUUACUUGCAAAAUGCAUGAUUUAAUUCAUGAUCUUGCACAAUCUGUUUCAGAGCCUGAAACAAUGAUUUUGGGGAAUGGUAGUCAAGGUAAUAUUACGGUAGCCACUCGUCAUUUGAAUCUUGUUUCUGAUGAAGGUAUGGCAGCAGUAGAAAUAGGGGAUGCUAUGCAAAAACUGCACACAUUGCUUUCCAAGACCGAUGUCUUUCACGACAUGCCUGCAAACCUCAAAAAGGUACGGGUCCUCAGCCUUUGUGGUGCCAAUAUUGACAAGUUGCCUGCUGUAUUGAGAAAGCUGAAGCAUUUGAGAUACUUAGAUGUUUCAAAAACCAAAAUCAAAAAAUUUCCAAAAUUUAUCACCAAGUUAUAUCAGUUGCAGACUCUUAGAUUUAUGGAUUGUCAUUCCAUAGUGAGACCUCUGGAAGGAAUAGGGAAUUUAGUCAAUUUGAGGCAUCUUUAUUUCAGUUCUGAAAACCUGAUGCCAGCAGGGGUUGGUACUCUAGCUUGUUUACAAAUGUUAACAUUAUUUGUUGUGGGUCAGCAGAAGGGAUGUCAGAUUGAAGAAUUGGGAGGCUUAAGUCAACUCAAGGGGAAAUUAGAAAUAACUAAUUUGAAGAUGGUUAGAAACAGAGAGGAAGCUAUCAUGGCAAAACUUUCUGAAAAGACUGCAAUUCAGAAGUUGGCAUUGGAUUUUAACAGAAUAAUAAAUGAACUCUUUCUAGGGAGGCAGUCUAGUCUGGCUCAGGUGUACUCACCAGAAUGUAGAUCAGAAGAAAGAAGGAAACAUGAUGAAGAUGUCUUGGAAGGCCUCCAACCUCACUCAAACCUGAAAAGCCUAAGAAUUAGUAAUUAUUGUGGUGAAAAGUGUCCUUCAUGGAUGUUGGGCGAUCUUGGUAAUUUGGGUGAAUCAACUCAUCUCAAAAAUCUGUUGUCAUUGAGACUUUAUCAUUUUCACCAAUUGAAAAUUAUUCCAUCACUUUCACUAAGCAACUUGGUGGAGCUGAUCAUUUGCGGCUUAGAUGAAUUGGAAAGCGUGUCACCACUUUCACUCAGCAGUGGCGCAAAGGUGCAAAUCAGACGAUGCAAGAAUUUGAAAAGUAUUGCAGAUUCACGUCUUCAGGAACUCAUUAUUGAUGAAUGUAAUGAACUGAUUAGUAUAGGGUUUGGAACACUUGCCACAAUGUCUCUCAAAGAAAUAUGCAUACGCUGCUGUUGGAAGUUAGAAAGUCUUCCCUCGUUGACUGAAUUACCAUACCUUCGUACACUGUGCCUUGAGGCAUGUGGGAAAUUGAGGGAUAUUGGUGAUGGUUUAUUUGCCUCCACGUGUCCUAAUCUGGAAGCGUUAACCAUUAGGGGUUGUAAAAAUCUGAUGUCCAUGCCUAGCCUAGAUGGGCUUUCAUCUCUUCAAAUUAUUAAUAUUGCUGACCAUGGGUUGAAAAGCAUAGGGGAGAGUUUAUCUACCAGCACGAGUCUCAAGAUCUUGUUUAUAGGGUCUUGUGGUACUCUGGAGUCGAUUCCAAGUCUAGAUGGGCUUUCAUCUCUUCAAAGUAUUGUGAUUGCUGGCCAUGGGUUGAAAAGCAUAAGGGGGAGUUUAUCUACCUGCACGAGUCUCAAGAGCUUGUCUAUAGGGCCUUGUGAUAGUCUGGAGUCGGUUCCAAGUCUAGAUGGGUUUUCAUCUCUUCAAAUCAUUAGGAUUGCUGGCCAUGGGUUGAAAAGCAUAGGGGGAAGUUUAUCUACCUGCACGAGUCUCCAGAGCUUGUCUAUAGGGCCUUGUGAUAGUCUGGAGUCGGUUCCAAGUCUAGAUGGGCUUUCAUCUCUUCAAAGUAUUAGUAUUGCUGGCCAGGGUCUGGAGUCGGUUCCAAGUCUAGAUGGGCUUUCAUCUCUUCAAAGUAUUAGUAUUGCUGGCCAGGGGUUGAAAAGCAUAUGGGGGAGUUUAUCUACCUGCACGAGUCUCAAGAGCUUGUCUAUAGGGCCUUGUGAUAGUCUGGAGUCGGUUCCAAGUCUAGAUGGCCUUUCAUCUCUUCAAAGUAUUAGUAUUGCUGGCCAGGGGUUGAAAAGCAUAUGGGGGAGUUUAUCUACCUGCACGAGGCUCCAGAGCUUGUCUAUAGGGCCUUGUGAUAGUCUGGAGUCGAUUCCAAGUCUAGAUGGGCUUUCAUAUCUUCACAGUAUUAGUAUUGCUGGCCAUGGGUUGAAAAGCAUAGGGGGGAGUUUAUCUACCUGCAAGAGUCUCGGGAGCUUGUCUAUUGGGCCUUGUGAUAAUCUAGAGUUGGUUCCAAGUCUAGAUGGGCUUUCAUCUCUUCAAAUAAUUUAUAUUAAGCACUGUGGGUUGAAAAGCAUAGGGGGGAGUUUAUCUACCUGCAGGAAUCUCAAGAGCUUGUUUAUAGAGUAUUGUUCUAGUCUGGAGUCAAUUCCAAGUCUAGAUGGGCUUUCCUUUCUUCAGGAGUUGACCAUAUGUGGCUCUAAGUUUCUAGUGUAUGGGCCUAGUGUAGAUAAGCUGUACUCUCUUAAAAUUAUAAUUUCGGGUUGUGGCCAAUUGAAAAGCAUUGGGGAGAGUUUAUCUAACUCCGUGUGUCUGAAGAUUUUGUCUAUAUGUGAGUGUGAUAGUCUGGAGUCGAUUCCAAGUCUAAAUAGGCUUUCCUCUCUUGAGACUCUAAGAAUAGAGAGAUGUGGUGGAUUAACAAGUUUGCCGAAUGGUCUGUCAUCUUGCACUGCUCUUGAGACCUUGAAAAUAAGCUUCUGCAAUAAUCUGAUCUCUAUAUCGGAGGAUUUGAGGGACCUGCGUUCUCUUGUUGAAUUAGAAAUUACAUGGUGUGGAAAACUGAGGAACAUCCGAGGCCUAGGGGAGAUUCUUGGCUGCCUUACUCGAUUGAGGAAGCUGCGUUUUGGUGGUUUCUCUGCAGAACAAGAGGAUAUAGAGGAAUACCCCACCCAACUUGAAGAAUUCAGUUUGAUUGGAUGGGAAAAACUAGAGAAUCUGUCAUGUCAAAUUCAACACCUAACUGUCCUUAGAAAACUUAGUUUAUGGGAUUUCCAUGGAAUCGAAGCUUUGCCAGAUUGGUUGGGAAACUUAUCGUCUCUUCAAUCUCUGGAUAUUAAAUUCUGCGAGUCGCUAAGAUAUGUGAAAGCCAUCCGACACCUCUCCAAUUUAAAAAGACUUGGAAUUUGGAGCUGCCCCGAGUUAAGGGGAAGAUGCGCCAAAGAAAGUGGUUCAGAGUGGAACAACAUUUCUCACAUUCCAGAUAUCUCAAUAGAUGGGAAAAACAUUUCUUACAAAUAGAUGAUGAUGAUGCGUGAAUUGAAUUUGAAGAGAGACGCCAGAGGGAGGAUGAUGAUGAGUGAGAAAGACAAUUAACCGCAAGAAAGGGAGCCUUGUUUUGUUGCAAAACCUAAUAAGCUUUACAGGUCUCUCAUUCUGCAUUACAUUAAUUCUUUUUCUCUUUUUUUGUUUGUUUGUUUGUUUGUUUGAAUUAUUAUUAUUAUUAUUAUUAUUAUUAUUAUUUUUUACUUUUCGGAAAUUCUUGUUGUUUGGUGUUGUUAUUGUAAGAACCUUGUAAAACCCUCUUAAUAGAGUGAAGCUUUUUUUCAUGGACCAAAGGUUACGUGGUUUUUACUCUUCUGUUUAAAGAGGUUUUCCACAAUCAUGGUCUCAU